ACAAGGGACCUGGUCAAAGAACACAGCCGUCCGAUCAGGAAAAUAGCGUCCGACGAACAGGUAGGAUUUCGUCAUCGAGGCACCGGAGAGGUAAUCCUUGAUAUCCCCGAGGGCAAAAUAACAGUAUAUCCGCCAUUCUCUCUUCCGUCCACCUCAAGAACCGGCCUCCAAGCCAUCGCCUCCUCCUUCCUUCUCCGUCUCCCGGCCCACCGAUCUCUCUCCUCCCCGCCGGCGUGCAGCGCAAUCUCUCAGCGAGAACCCAGAUCCCUCUUAUCCUCUUUUCUUUUGUCCCUUCUCUUCUACGAAUCCCAGAGGCUGGCAUCGAAGAACGGAAAGAGGCGGAGCUGAUGUUCGCCAGGCGCCUCUUCCAGAAGGCCGUGCCCAAGAUUAAAAAGGACGUGGCUGAGCCUCAAAAGGAAGGAAUCGAAACAACGAGGGUCCAGUUGUUGUUCUGAAUUUGAUGUCCUUCUACUAAGCUGACUCGUCAUCAAUCUACAAUUGACUUAUCCAAUCAUCCAGGCGUUAUAAAGGAAUUUAUUGCUCAGGGGAAAGAGAAGGGGGCUUUGUGAAGUACAUUGGGCUGCCAAAGAGAAGGUUUGCAAGUUUCUCGAGAAAUCUUCUACAUGCAUAAAGCACAAAAUAGAUAUAUGGCCUCAGCUGACCUGGACCUACAAAUUGCUGUGCAUUAUGGCAUUCCAUAUACUGCAUCGCAUUUGGCUUUUGACCCAAUUCAACGGCUCUUGGCAAUUGGAACAUUGGAUGGUAGAAUAAAAAUUAUUGGAGGUGACAAUAUUGAAGGCCUUCUUAUAUCCCCAAAGAAGGUGCCCUACAAAUACUUAGAGUUUCUACAUAACCAAGGAUUUCUUGUUGGUGUCUCAAAUGAGAAUGAAAUCCAGGUUUGGAAUCUGGAAUUCAGACAGCUAGUUUACUGCUUACAAUGGGAAGCCAACAUGACUGCUUUUGCUGUAGUCCAAGGAACCUAUUUAAUGUAUAUUGGUGAUGAGAAUGGGUUAUUCUCUGUAUUGAAAUACAAUGAUGAAGAUGGAAAGCUUUUGAGGUUGCCAUAUCAUAUUCCAGCAAAUGUUGUUACUGCUGGCAUUUCCUUUGUCAGUCCUCAACCAAUUAUUGGAAUUCUGCCACAACCUUGUACUUCUGGGACUAGAGUGCUGAUUGCCUAUGAGAAUGGACUUUUAAUUCUGUGGGAUAUAUCUGAGGGCCAGGUUGUUACUGUAAGAGGUUACACAGAUCUUCAAUUGAAGGGUGACGUGCACACUGAUUCUUCAACUGGAGUGGCCAAUGAGCUUUCAGGCAAUUUGGCUGACCAUGAAGAAGAGGAGAAAGAAAUUUGUUCUCUCUGCUGGGCAUCUAAUACUGGUUCUGUCCUUGCCGUGGGUUACAUAAAUGGAGAUAUAUUAUUGUGGAACAUUUCCUCAAAUUCCUCUACAAAAGGGCAACAAACUGGGAUAUCAUCUAAUAAUGUUGUUAAGCUACAGCUGGCAUCUGGAAAUCGUAGGCUACCUGUCAUUGUCUUACACUGGUCUGCAAGUGGUAAAGCAGAUAUUGAUAAAGGAGGGCAACUUUUUGUAUAUGGCGGUGAUGAAAUGGGAUCUGAAGAAGUUCUAACGAUUCUCAGUCUUGAAUGGUCCUCCGGAAUAGAGACUUUAAGGUGCAUUUCUCGUGUGGACCUCAAUCUUAAUGGAUCUUUUGCAGACAUGAUUUUAGUACCUAAUGCUGGAUCACUGGAGAACUGUUCCACUGCUGCACUUUUUGUAUUGACAAAUCCUGGACAACUACAUGUUUAUGAUGGCGCUUUGUUGUCUAUGUUGACAUCUGAAGAAAAGCCUUCUGUUCAAGCUGAGAAAUUUCCUGAUGCAGUACCGACUAUCGAUCCACGUAUGACUGUUACAAAGCUCUGUCGGCUACCCAUGGGCGGAAAUUCUUCCCAGGGUUUGUUGAAGAAGGAUUACGCUAAAAAAAUUGCAAUACCUAACCUAUCAGCGGGUACAAAGUGGCCUUUGACUGGUGGGAUCCCCAGUGAGAUGUCAUCUGACAAUUAUGCAGUUGAAAGAAUAUUUAUAGCAGGUUAUGAAGAUGGAUCUGUGAGAAUAUGGGAUGUAACAUAUCCAAUCAUGGAACUAAUGUUUGUUCUAGAAAGCAAGGUCCCAGGUGUCAAAGUAGAUGGUGAAAAUGCUUCAGUAUCAUCCCUGGCCUUUUGUUCUAUAAGUAUGACUUUGGCUGUUGGCGAUGAAUGUGGUCUGGUUCGUGUCUAUAAGCUUCAUGAGAGCACUGAUGGAUCAACUGUUCACUUUGUCACUGAAACUAAACAUGAAGUUCAAAUUGUGCAUCAUGGAAAAGGAUUUCAUUGCAUUGCAGCCUUUGCUAUCCUAAAUUUACCCAUUCGAACCCUUCAAUUUACAAAUUCUGGAGACAGACUUGCUGUAGGUUUCAAAGAUGGACAGGUGGCAAUGCUUGAUAUGCAAUCACUAUCUGUCAUGUUUCAUACAGAUUAUAUGGCUGGAAGAAACUCUCCUGUAAUUUAUAUAUAUGUGCAUGCUAUUCCCCAAAACAGUGUCCCAGUAAAAAGUCCAAAGCAAGCAAGCCUCGAAAGGCCAACAGACUCUGCAGAGACAGUACUCAUCUUAACCAAGGAUGCACAUGUUAUAAUCAUCGAUAGCAUAACAGGUGAUAUGAUUUCACAACAAGUGCAUCCAAAGGACUCUGUUGCAAUCUCCAUGUAUGUCAUAGAGGGAAGUAGUGCAAUCUCCAAAGUGGCUAGUGAGAAAUACCCCCAACAUAUUUCUGAUGAUAAUUCUUCCCAAAGUGAAACUGAGAAAAAUAAUAAUACCAAUGAAAGCAUGACACAAGAAGUUGAACAGCACUGCUCUAGUGAUACUUCAGACUGCUGUGAAACAUUGGUGGAUCCACUUCUUUUACUCUGUUGCGAGGAUGCAAUAUGGUUGUAUUCUCUGAAGUCUGUGAUCCAGGGGGACAGCAGCUUUAUUCGUAAAGUGAACCUUUUAAAACAUUGUUGUUGGUCAACAACUUUUACAAAGAGAGACGAAAAGACACGUCAACUGAUAUUACUUUACCAGACGGGAGAUAUAGAGAUAAGGUCAUUACCGGGUUUGGAACCUGUGGCCGAAGGGUCCUUAAUGUCAAGUCUAAGAUGGAGCUUCAAGACAAACAUGGAUAAAACCAUGAGCUCCUCUGAUAACGGGCAGAUUGCUUUGGUUAAUGGAUGUGAACUUGCUUUCCUCUCUCAUGUGGCUAGUGCAAAUGACUUCAGGAUUCCAGAAUCUUUACCAUGCCUUCAUGAUAAAGUUGUUGCAGCUGCUGCUGACGCUGCCAUUAAUCUUUCUAUAAGUCAGAAAAAGAAACAGAAUACGGCUCCUGGGAUUUUUGGUGGUAUCAUGAGAGGACUUAAAGGGGGUAGAACAGAGAAUAGUCCCAAUAAUAUUGAUAGCAUUUCUAGAUAUGGUUCUAGUCAGCAAUUGGAAGAGUUAUUUUCAAGGGUUCCAUUUUCCAAUAUUCCGGCCACUACCACUGGUGACCCGGAAGUUGCUGAACUGAGCAUUGAUGACAUUGAGAUUGAUGAUAUAUUACCUACAACAUCCACUUCAACUUCAUCCGUUGUAAAUAAGAGUUAUACAAUAGAUGAGGAGGAGGAGAGAAACAAAUUAUUUGAGGGUUCGACUAGUGAUAUGAAGCCAAGAAUGAGGACAACUCAAGAAAUCCUGACUCAGUAUCGAUUUGCAGGGGAUGCCUCUGCAGCAGCAGCUCAUGCAAGAGAUAAGCUUGCAGAGAGGCAGGAAAAGCUUCAGAGAUUGAGCCAACGAACUGAGGAGUUGCAAAGUGGGGCUGAAAAUUUCGCUGAUAUGGCAAAUGAACUAGUGAAAACAAUGGAAAAGAAGAAGUGGUGGAAAAUAUAACUGUUAUCACAAAUCUUAACUUGCUAUGGGUGCUCAUGAAUGUUAUCCCACUGCAUCCUGCAUAAUGGGGAUGAUUGUUGUAUAGACUCGCUUCUGGACGGAGUUGUUCACCAGCUUUACUAGCCAAAGCAAGUUCACUCUUAUCCUCUCUCUUGAUUAUCGAAUAUUCAGUGUCCUGAAAUAAGACCCUUUACAACAUUUUAACCAAUUGUUUGAACCUCA